CUGCCCUGGGCUUCUCGACAUGGGAGAAGUUGGUGCAUACAGUUUGGAAGCCUCUGCCUUUGGAAUCCACAGUUGCGGUGCUGGUGAUCAGGAGACAGUUAUCAAUGGGACACCAGGAUCCCAGGAGUUCAGUGGCCCAAGAAGCCCAGUGAGAGAAUAUAGCAGAGAAUUCCUCAGCUCCAGGCAUCCUCCAAGAUCCGAGUCCUUGAGUCCACAGAGGAGCACUCACUCGAAAGACGGCGGCAUCAACGUAACCAAUGGGAUGGAAUACAACGGACAACAUUCCAGCUCAAGAGUCCCAAGGAGGCAUUCUUUAGCUCACCUCCAAAAUGGUGAUUCAGGAGCAGGUAGCCAGACACCAGCCAGAAGAGGGUGGAGUGGCUCAGAGCUGGACCUGCGGGCAUCCUUACCUGGGACGGUGCAGUGGGAAGAUGCACUGGGGACCCUUCUGAGAGACACGGGUACGACGACCGGAGGAUGCUCUGCAGAAAUCCAAAAGCGGAACCUGGAGUUGGAACUGGACAUGAUGGAGUUUGAGCUGCUCUCCCUGAAACAGAAGCAGAUGGAGAGCUCCUUUGCUCAUCUAGAAAAGGAAAAGAAGUGGUUGGAAACGACUCGCUCUGAAGGCAGGAAACAUAAAGGGGCCCUGGAUGAGAAGAUCUCUCAUGUAGGAAUGGAACUGGAAAAGGCCAGAAGUUAUUUCAGGGAAAGGAACCAUGGCACGCCAUCACUGGGUCCUAGUCAGAAUGCAGCGAUGAUGAGAAAGAAGGAUGCUGACCAAGAGCUGAUUAUUCUCCAGGCAAGCUUGGUUGCUCUCAAGACGUCCCUGAAGACAGUAGAGGAAGAACGAGACACGAUGGCCAAGCAGCUAAAUUCAGCCAAGGAGGAGAAGGACCGACUGUCCACCAAAGUAGUCAGUCUGGAGGAGAAAGUGAAUGAGCUAACCCUGAAGUUGAAACCUGCUCUUUCUGAUACGGAGCGACUCCUCCAGGAGAAGGUUGCUCUCCACCAGCAAGUCCAACACCUCACUCUGGAUUUGGAGUGUGCACAGAAGAAGCAGGAAGGAUUCGAUGACCAAGUCCCGGCUCUCCAUUCAGAGCUUGUCCAUGCCAAGACGCAAGUCAACCACCAGGACCAGGAGAAAGUUGUCAUGAAAGAAGAACUGGAGUCCAUCAGACAGAUCAACAAGGAGCUUUCCUCAGAAGUUGCCGAGAGCUGCCAGAGGUUAGGAGUUUCCUUGGAAAAGCUUCAUCAGUUGGAGGCUGAGAAGAAAAUCACAGACAACCGCGUCCAAGCUCUGGAGACAGAACGCAGCCAGCUUUUGGGAGAGAGGGAAAGACCAGCAGUUGGAAGAAACCAGGAAGAGGACAUAAGAGCUCUUCAAAAGACCUGUGAACAUCUCAGGGAAGCGCAGUCCUUGCAGCAAAGGGAGAAAGGCAGCCUGCAGAAUCGGCUCCUGGAGCUGGAAAGGGCGUUGCAAUCCAAGCAGGAAGAGAUGGAGAACCAGCAGGCAGAGCAGCAGCGGGUCUCCCAGUACUGGCAAGAGAGGUGGGAGCAGGUGACGGCGGCCCUGCAGAGCAAAGAGGAGGAGCUGGAGAAAGCACAUGGGCGGAGCCAGACCCUGCCGGCCAAGGGCCAACAGCUGACCCGAAGCUUGGAUGCAAAGGUUGUGAAGAGCCCCCAGAGAGAAAAGGAGCGCCUGAUCCAGCAACAUCAGUUGGUGACAGAGCAGCUGAAAGAGCUGUUCAGGCAGAGGCAGCAGCAACAGCAAGCAGGAUACAGGAAGUGGCCAAGAGGACCCAAGGAAGAGAGUCCAGUGGAGAUUUCAAAGCCCCAAGAGAUCCUGGCUGUGCCUGAAUCCAUCGGGCUUCCCAGGGAAGGUCAGCCACAAUCCCAGGACAUUUCAAGCAGCAGUGAAGAAAAACAGAGCCUCCAGCAGCAAUUGAAAGAGAAGACAGAAACAAUCUCUGCUAUGCUCUCUGAGAUCCAGGCUCUGCAGCAGAAGAACGAAAGCCUGAUGAAAGCGAAGCUGAGGUUCCAGCAGCAGAUCCAAGAGAUCCACCAAGUUCCCACGCAACAGCCCCAUAAGAGCACCGCUGAGCUCCUGGUUCCUCGGCUCGCUGCCAGUACGGGGCAGGAUUUGCCAGGUGCCCAGGGGAGCAGCAGCACUGGGACAUCUCCCCAAAGUGAUGACCCUGCCCUCUCCUCCUGCAGCAGAGAAGGCCUGCAUCUGGCUACCCAGAAGCCUCCUUGUCAGCCCAUCACCGGAGAUGAACGGAGCAGCCUCUCUUCCGACCACAGGGCAAUGCAUUUGCCACUGACCAAGCUGACCCUCCUCUCUGCUGGGCCUCCCAUAUUUCAGCCAGACCUCUCAGAUCCCGCUGAACCGUCCAUAAUUCUCUCCCUUGACUCAAGGGCUUCCCUGGCUCCCGAGAGCCACACUGACAGCGAAGGGGCCACUCUCAGUCCACGGGGUCCCGCUCUUCUAUCCCCAAGGCCU